AUGUCACAAGAAAUGACUGGAACAGAAACAUCUGCUACAACCAAUCAAGGUUGCCUUACAGUCUCCUUUUGGAUUGGGGAGACGGUCUUUCUCAUAUGGAAUUCUUUCAAUGACCCGCUUUUUGGUUGGCUUAGUGAUUACCAGUACCUGUCACAAAGUCCAACUGCAUCUGCAACAAUGCCUCAAAACAGCUCUUCUUGGACCCGUAACAAAUGCCAAGAAUGGUGUGCAGCUGAAACCUCGCAAAAUCCACGGCUGCAAGCAAAGAUGAAUUACGACCCAGAGAAAGGUGAAAGCUACUGGACCUAUACUAAAGAGAAUAAUUAUGGGAAUGGUAUUCAUGAUCCUGGGGGUGAUUCCUUACCAUUCUUAAAAAACCAACAGUCACACUUGGGGCACUCAACUGAGAGUUCUUCUUUGAACAGUGUAAUUGUAUCAAAACGUUUGGACAACCUUUCAUGGAAUGGGCCACUACUGGCCAUGUCAUUUCUGCUCUUUUGGGUUCGUUGGUUUCCAACAGGACUGCAGUUUGUCAUCUGCUUGUGUGUCUAUGACAGUUUUUUAACCAUGGUUGAUCUGCAGCACUCGGCAUUACUCGCAGAUUUGGCCAUUUCAGCUGAGAUACGGACUCGUUUGAAUGCUCGCAGUUCUCUGUUCAGUGCUAUCGGAUCUUUGUCUGUAUUUGUUUCAUAUUCCAUUUGGGACCGCAAUAAUCUUGAUUCAUUCCGAGCCUUCUGUGUUCUACUCUGCAUCAUAUCGAUAACAGGUUUCUACUUUGGCACAAAUCUGCUGAGAAAAGCCGCCCUCCCUCCGAAAUAUAUUAACAAUCUUCAGCAGGAUGAUUUCUGUAAACGGGUCAGUUACAAAUUCAGUGCCCCCAAAAAUUCACCCGGAACAUCUGCACUGAAGAAAUACAUCAAACAGUUGACGUCACAUCGCAAUUUUUGUUGGUUUGCUGUGAUGAAUCUUGUACAGGUUUUUCAUUGUCACUUCAACAGCAACUUUUUCCCCCUUUUUUUGGAUGUUCUUUUGGGUACUCAUGGGACAUCUCUUGGUGCAUUACUUCUUGGUACUUCAUUUGUUAUCCCCCAUAUCAACAACGUCUACUUUCUGUCACUCUGCAGAAAACAUGGUGUCUACCGAAUCAUUCUUCUUCUGUUCAUGUUUAAAUUCCUUUUAAGUAUUCUCAUGCUUUGUGUGGGACCUGGCUGUGUUUGGGCUGUGUGUGUCUAUGUUGCAAGCAACCGUGUUUUCACUGAGGGAACAUGCAAGUUGUUAGCAUUGGUCAUCAGUGACUUAGUUGAUGAAGACUGUGUCUUGCAUGGUCGCUCACAGCCUGUGUCUGCUCUUAUUUUUGGAACUGCAUCCCUUCUUUCCAAACCUGGACAGACAUUGGCCCCUUUGCUUGGCCUGUGGAUUUGGUCUUGGCAAACAGGUUAUGACAUGUUUUCCCCAACAAUUGGAGAACAUCCAUCAUCUUUUCCAUUGUCCAAUGCCUCAAGUGAUUCCAGUCUUCGCCUGGCCUGCUUCAAUAUCUUGAUUUAUGUCCCUUUAGCAUGUGCCAUUAUUCAAAUGUCAAUCUGGUUACUUAAAUUUCGCCUUCAUGGUCACAGAUUACAGUGGGUGAAAGCUGUAAGGUCAGGGGCUACAUUGUCUGGCACCAUCUAG